CUUUCAGUCAGAUGUGAACACUUCUCAAUGAUUCCAAAGAAGGAGAUGGUUAAAAUGUGGUCUGAUACUUGGUCCAUCCCUUGCAAAAUGAUUCUCCUCCAUAUUCCAGAGCUCUGCCUGGUGCAGGGUAUAUGAAAAGAUAACCUCUAUUGGUGUAGUUUAUAAGCAACACGGUGUAAUAUCCUCAUAUUCGGUUGGAGAUCUGUGAAUGUACGGCAAACGAAAGACAUCCCGGUUGGUAGAGAAAGUCUGGAAGAGGAUCAUAGUAUUUAAACCUUUAAGCACUCAUAUCCUCUCUGUCAGCAACAUUAGUCUGAGUCAGACCCCUGAGCAAAUGCGGGAAGCAGCACAGAGGUAUUAGAGCCAUCUAAUGCCUCUACACCUCCAGUAACCUGUGCAUCUGCCAAGCUGAGAGGACGCUGGCACCAUGAUCAAGCUUAAAGGCAGGAGGCAAAGCCUUUUCCCCAACUAUAAACUUGGGGUCACAACCCCUGCUCCCAAGGAUCCAGAGGACUCCACGCUUCCUUUCGGCCAGCAAAACUGGGUGAAACCAUGGAAUUCGAUGCAGGAAUUAAGUAAGGAUAUUUAUGACAUCUACGCAGAGUAUGAAGACGAUGAAGAGGAGAGACUGCUGUCCACCCCUAGUAAACUGACUCAGACUAAGAACUACAUGCUCAACAUCAACGUAGGAGGCAAGGUCUACCAGAUCUCUUACAGGGUAGCAGCAAAAUAUCCCAAAACAAGAAUCGGCCGCCUUGCAACGUAUACGGACCACAACAGGAAACUUGACCUCUGUGAUGAUUAUACUGUCCAGAAUAAUGAGUUUUUCUUUGACAGGGAUCCAGAUGUCUUCCACAGCAUAUUCAACUUCUAUAGGACUGGAGUUCUCUGGAUUAAAGAUGAAUUGUGCCCACGCAAUUUCUUGGAGGAGAUCAACUACUGGGGCGUUCGUAUCAAGAACACCCAUCGCUGCUGCCGCAUUUCAUUUGAGGAACGGCAAGAUGAACUCAACGAACAGCUGAAGGUGCAAAGAGAACUUGAGGCAGAGGUGGAAACUGAGGAACAUGAGGACCUCUUCCAGGAUAUGGCUUUUGGUCAUACACGUUUCCUCAUUUGGAACUUGAUGGAGAAGCCCUUCUCAUCGGUCACAGCCAAGCUCAUGGCAUUAGCAUCCAGUUUCUUCGUGCUGGUAUCACUUGUGGCUAUGACUCUCAAUACGGUAGAGGAAAUGCAGAAGAUGACCACCGGACACCUGAGUGGGAAGACCUACUGUGAGUAUGUUGAGAUGCUCUGCAUUGCAUUUUUUACCAUGGAAUAUAUUCUCCGGCUUGUGUCCACACCUGACCUCACACAUUUUACAAAGAGCAUGCUGAAUGCUGUGGACCUGAUUGCAAUCCUUCCAUUAUAUCUUCAGAUGGUCCUAGAGAGUUUCGAGGGUGGCGACUAUGGGAGACAUGGUAGCGAUAUUGAGACUGUAGGACGGGUUGGUAAAGUGGGGCAAGUUCUCCGCAUCAUGCGACUCAUGAGAAUAUUUCGUAUCCUAAAACUGGCGCGUCACUCUACUGGACUUCGAGCCUUCGGCUUCACGCUCCGGCAAUGUUACCAACAAGUGGGCUGUCUUUUCCUCUUCAUUGCGAUGGGAAUUUUCACCUUCUCUGCCAUGGUUUAUACCGUAGAGCAUGAUGUGCAUCACACAAACUUCACCAGUAUUCCACAUGCAUGGUGGUGGGCUGCUGUGAGCAUCUCCACUGUGGGCUAUGGCGACAUGUUUCCAGAGACCGCUUUAGGCAGGAUUUUUGCAUUUGCGUGCAUCUCGUUUGGAAUAAUUCUCAACGGCAUGCCAAUCUCCAUCCUGUUUAAUAAAUUCUCAGACUACUAUGCAAAGCUGAAAGCCUAUGAAUACACCUCCACUAUAAAGAAUCGCGGGAAAGUGAGGUUUGUGAAAAGGGCGGCAAAGACAUUCGCGGAUUGUUUUUAGGGUGUGAUGUGUUGACCUACU